GUACCGGCUUUCUAUUUCCGUGAUCAGUGUUUCUUGAAAGCUUAAAGUAUGGACGAGGAUUUAGAGUUUCGUGAUAUGGUAUUGAAAAAAUUAACCGAGAGUGGAUCUUUGCUGGAAAUAAAAGCAAAACUACGUGCAGUUUUGUACGAUAUCAUCUCAAAGGAACAACCAGGAAUCGAUAGUACGAAUGAAAGUGACAUCAGCUCCAGCACUUUCGAAAAGGACUCCGAUUCACAAGUUGACGGGAAAACUUUGGCGUUAGAAAUUGUAAUAGAUAUGCUCGAGUCGAUGAAUUUACAAUAUACCAAGCAGAUCUUCAUGGUUGAAUCAGGACUAACAAGGACAGCGAUGACUAAGGAUCAGUUGAAUCGUCAUUUGGGCCUGAAAAUCAACGACACUGAUAGCAACACACAUCAGCAGCCCGCACUGCUAACAUUAAUUGAGCAAUCUCGAAAUCAAGCUGAAGAAAAUAGCUGUGAAAUCGAUACCGUCACCGAUUUAUCACUGGAAAGCAAGGCGUGUUCUUCGGGAAAGGUGGACGACAUCGGCGAAAAGCAAAAUAUACUACCAAAUCAGUGAAAUGAGAAUUUAGGGACAA